AUGGUGGUACGGGUAGGGUCGUCUCUGCGAGCCAGACCGAAAUGUUCGCCCGUCUCGAGGACUGCUGCAGAGCCAGACGAGUCCGUCGGCGUCUUCCAAACAGGCGGACCGAGUCGAAGGGAAAGCAAAUGUCAAGACAUUUGGGGAAAAGCUUCUUUCCUGCCCAUGGCGACCAGAUGUCAGGCCAUUGCAGUCCAUCGUGGUACUGGACAGACCAUGUCAAUUGACGCUUCUGAAGCAAAUCUAGUCGUCAGGUUGUCAGACCCACCGUUUAUCGCCGGCCGACCUGAUGGGACUCAGGGACUCGAUGUGAUGCUGUUCUGA